AUGCCAUUUAAGAAAGUUGGACCACCACCAAAAAAUCUACCACCAUUACCAAGAUUAAAAGUUCGUAAACCAGUGAUUGGGAAAUCAACUAAUCAAUGUUUUGUAUUUAUGUCAUCAUUAUUAAACUGUUGGGCAUCUAAUGGUGAAGGAAAUCAAAUAUGUAAUGGAUUUGAAAAUGAUUUAAAAAAUUGUAUGGAAACGUUUAAACCACAACAAGAAUCUUUAUCUACAAUAAAUUAUCAUGCUCAAAGAUUAUAUCCUAAAUUAAGAGGGAAAGUUCAUGAUUAA